AUGAUGAGUGCUGGUCGCUUGAUAUUCAAAGUUCGAAAAGUUUUUUUUACUGCUUUAUCUAUAAUUGUAUCUAUACAUGGUGCAUUUUUCUUAGUUACAGUUCAAGCUAUAUUAAAGUUUAUUUAUAAAAAUAAUUUAACAAAGUUACAAUAUGGUUUGAAUUGGACUAAACGUGGCUUUAUUAUACUAUUAGUGUCUGUAUUGAACAUCGUUGCUCCAUCUUCUGUUCGUAUCACUACAGAAGAUGAAACUAUACCAAGGGGAACCUUUAUUAAAGAUCUGAAAAAGGGUAGAAUCGUAUCACAUUUAAAUAAGAAGUCUGUAAUGAUCUGUAAUCAUCAGAUUUAUACAGAUUGGGUUUUCCUAUGGUGGAUUACUUAUACCUCUAAUUUGGCUGGUAAUGUUUAUAUUAUGUUAAAGAAAUCAUUAGAAUUUAUCCCAAUAUUAGGUUAUGGUAUGAAAAACUAUAGAUUCAUCUUCUUGUGCAGGAAAUGGGCUGUUGAUAGGCUUGUAAUGAAUAAUCAAUUAGGUGAAAUUGAUGCUGAUGCAAGAGGAUGUGGUAUUGUAUCAGGGAGCUCUCCAAAAGAGAUUAAUGAAGAGGGCGAAGAAUCAUGGGAUACUAGUAUAAUUGGUGAUAGGACGAAUGUUAAAUGGCCUUACUCUGUUAUUUUGUUUCCAGAAGGGACUAACAUGAGUGUAGCUACAAGACAGAAGAGUAAAGAAUUUGCAGCAAAAGUUAAUAGAAAACCUUAUGAAAAUGUAUUAUUACCACGUUCAACUGGAUUAAGGUUUACUUUACAAAAAUUAAGCACAAGUAUUGAUGUUGUAUACGACGUCACAAUCGGUUACUCUGGUGUUAAGAAGGAUGAAUAUGGUGAAUUGAUUUAUAGAUUACCAAAGAUCUUUCUAGAAGGUAAGAUGCCUAAACUAAUUGAUAUACAUAUGAGAGCAUUAAAGAUCGAAGAUAUACCAAUUGAUGAUGAAGAUAAAUUCAAUAAUUGGUUAUAUGACAUUUGGCAAGAAAAAGAUGAAUUAAUGGAAUUUUAUUAUAAAAAUGGUACAUUUAAAACCAAUGAGAAUUGUUCAGAAGUUACUGAUUUUUUCACUAUCAGUAAUCUUGAAUUUAUUGGUGCGCUCAGUCUGCCAUUUAUGACAUUAUUUUUGUUCUUAUUUACUGUUUUAAAGAUAUUUAAUUAA